AUGGCUGCUCUCGAAGAAAAGACGUCGCACGUCGACGACAAGCCCGGCGCUGGCAAGAUCGCCACCGAGGACGCCAGCUCCCACACCGACUCUGUCCACUACAUCUCCAAGACCGAGUCGAGCGAGGGCAAGGUCAACAACCCUCUCACAGGCAUCCCCAAGGAGCAGCUGCUUCGCAACGUCGAGCAGUUUGCCCAGGAGAAAGGCCUUACCGAUGACCUCGACAUGCUCAAGAAGGGCGCUCUGCUCGCUCAGCGUCCUGCAGAGUACAACGCCAUCGACGAGCUGUCUCAGGACGAGAAGGAUGCCAUCGCUCACGAGUACGCAAACAAGUGGUCGCACCCCCUUCUCCUCUACGUGACCAUCUUUGUCUGCUCCAUCGGCGCCGCCACUCAGGGUUGGGAUCAGACUGGUUCCAACGGCGCCAACCUCAGUUUCCCAACCGAAUUCGGUAUCCCCGAGUCGUCUCCCGUCGGCGUCCUUCCUGGACAACCGGGCUACAUCACCGACGCACAAGCUCAGAAGAACGAGUGGCUCGUCGGUCUUGUCAACGCCGCUCCUUACAUUGCCAGUGCCAUGCUCGGAUGCUGGCUCUCUGACCCGCUCAAUAACUUGUUCGGCCGUCGUGGCUGCAUCUUUAUCACCGCCAUCAUCCUUAUCGUCACGCCUAUCUGCUCUGGUCUUACUCACAACUGGUACGAGCUCUUCAUUGUGCGCUUGAUUCUCGGAAUCGGCAUGGGAGCAAAAGGAUCUACGGUCCCGGUUUUCGCAGCCGAAAACUCGCCCCCUCAGAUUCGAGGUGCGCUCGUCAUGGGAUGGCAGCUGUGGACCGCCUUUGGUAUCUUCCUCGGAUUUCUUGCCAAUGUUGCCGUCGCUGACGUCGGCAAGAUCGCUUGGCGUCUCCAGCUCGGCUCUGCUUUCAUCCCCGCAUUGCCUCUGGCUAUCCUCAUCUACUUCUGCCCCGAGUCGCCUCGUUGGCUGAUGAAGAAGAACCGCUACCCUCAAGCUCUUCGCUCGCUCAUCCGUCUCCGCCACAACAAGAUCCAGGCUUGCCGUGACCUUUACUACAUUCACGUUCAGCUUGUCGAAGAAAGCAAGAUCAUCCGCGGCGAGACCUACGUCAAGCGUUUCAUGGAGCUCUUCACCAUUCCCCGUGUUCGUCGCGCUACCGCCGCUGCCACCACCGUCAUGCUCGCUCAGCAGAUGUGCGGUAUCAAUAUUAUUGCCUUCUACAGUUCUACGAUCUUCAAAGAUUCUGGAUCGACAGCAAAGCAAGCGCUGUACGCCUCGGUAGGCUUCGGAGCCAUCAACUUCCUGUUCGCGUUCCCCGCGCUCAUUACCAUCGAUACGUUCGGUCGUCGAAGCUUGUUGCUCUUCACUUUCCCUCAGAUGGCUUGGACCUUGCUCGCCGCAGGUCUCUGCUUCUUGAUCCCUGGCGAGGGUAACAAGACUCGACUUGGUCUCGUAGCGCUCUUCAUCUACAUCUUCGCUGCGUUCUAUUCAGUCGGAGAAGGUCCAGUGCCUUUCACCUAUUCGGCCGAAGUCUUCCCUCUUGCUCAGCGAGAGCAGGGCAUGGCAUGGGCUGUUGCGACGUGUCUCUUCUGGGCAGCGGUGCUUAGUAUCACUUUCCCACGAAUGCGAACCGCCAUGACACCGACGGGUGCGUUUGGCUUCUACGCCGGUCUCAACAUCAUGGCUCUCAUUCUCAUUUGGUUCUUCGUACCCGAAACGGCUCGUUACACUCUGGAGGAGCUUGAUGCUGUGUUCGACGUACCUCACGCGACGUUCAUCAAGCACCAGAACACCAAGACUCUCCCUUACUGGUUCAAGACCCAGGUGCUCAGGAAAAAGAACGUCGAGCGCCCUCAGCCUCUCAUCGAGCUCGACAGGAACCUCGUCGGUGCUGGAGAGAAGCGUACCGAGACGUCCAUGGCAUAG